GUAAACGUAAACCUCAGAUUGUAGCACCAAAACAAUUAAUCGUCUCCUACAGUCACGAUAUGAUAGAAUCUAUUCCUUUCUUAACGAACCGCGAAACAAGAUACCUUGUCGUCACUUUCACGUAGUACAUCAAUAGUUGAUUCCAGCGAACUGUUGAAACCUGAGGCUGCAAGACGGCACAGCCACCGCCUAACCUCCGAGGGAUCACUGCAAUGGCAACUGAAUACCGAAAGAGCUUUGUCCAACCAUUCGAGUCUACGUUUUCCGAUUACGGUCCUACAGUGACGUUUUAUGGAGAAUGCAUCUGGCAAUGAUUUGAAAAAAGUAUUUUCAACCGCCUUCCUUUGUUAAAGAUGGCUACAGUGCGAAUUUGUGUUUGCGGAGAUGAGGGCACUGGAAAGUCCAGUCUCAUCACAUCGCUUGUGAAAGGGGUCUUUGUGACAAACAAGAUUCAGCCAAUCUUGCCCCAGAUCACGAUUCCUCCCACGAUCGGAACCCCCGAGAAUGUCACGACAACUACAGUGGUGGACACUUCCGCUCUCCCUCAAGAGCGGAGUAACCUGGCAAGGGAGAUCCGGAAAUCAAACGUGAUUUUGCUUGUAUAUUCAGAUCAUUACAGUUAUGAACGAGUGGCACUAUUUUGGCUUCCAUACUUUCGCUCUUUGGGAGUCAAUGUACCCGUGGUAUUGUGCGCCAACAAGUCCGAUCUCGCCGCGGAUCAUAGUGAAGCACAAGUUAUCGAGGAAGAGAUGUUACCGUUGAUGGCAGAAUUCAAGGAAAUCGACUCAUGCAUUCGGACAAGCGCGCGAGAACACCGCAAUGUGAACGAGGCUUUCUUUCUCUGUCAAAAGGCGGUCACUCACCCAAUUGCGCCCUUAUUCGACUCCAAGGAGUCGGCUCUCAAACCGGCUGCUGUCGCGGCAUUGCAACGGAUUUUCUACCUCAGUGACAAGGACCGUGAUGGCUAUUUAUCUGAUAAGGAGCUCGAGGACUUCCAGAUGAGAUGUUUCGAAAAACCAUUGAGUGAGGAAGACUUGGUGCAUAUAAAGGAAACCAUCCAGAAGACACAUCCAACCUCAGUGACCCCUUCUGGUAUUGAUUGCCGGGGUUUUAUACAUCUUAACAAGAUGUAUGCGGAGAAAGGGCGCCAUGAAACCGUUUGGAUCAUACUGCGGGCUUUCCAGUACACUGACAAUCUCUCGCUUCAAGAAAGCUUUCUCCAUCCCAGAUUUGAGGUUCCACCAUAUGCGUCUGCCGAGCUUUCCCCUGAAGGAUAUCGGUUUUUCGUGAAUCUAUUCCUCCUUUCGGACAAGGAUAACGACGGUGGAUUGAACGAUGCCGAAUUGGCGUCGUUAUUUGCGCCAACCCCGGGCUUACCCGCUUCAUGGGCAGACGGCUCAUUCCCAUCUUCUACUGUUCGGAAUGAAGUUGGUCAUGUUACACUUCAGGGCUGGCUUGCGCAAUGGAGUAUGACUACAUUUACAUCGCCAAAAACGACCUUAGAGUACCUGGCAUAUCUUGGAUUUGAAUCAUCCGACAGAAGCAAUCCUUCUACAACGGCUGCACUAAAAGUAACUCGGCCACGAAAGCGAAGAAAGCGCCCUGGGCGGGUGGGUCGUAAUGUUGUACUCGGCCAUGUCCUUGGGCCUCCUGGCUCAGGCAAGUCUGCGCUUCUCGACGCCUUCCUUGCGCGCGGCUUCAGCACUACAUAUCAUCCUACAAUUCAACCCCGCACUGCCGUCAACACAGUGGAACUGCCGGGGGGUAAACAAUGCUACCUGAUUUUGGAUGAGUUGGGUGAGCUAGAGCCUGCCAUACUGGAAAACCAGGUGAAGCUAUUGGACCAGUGUGACGUGAUUGUGUACACUUACGACUCCUCGGAUCCCGAUUCAUUUGCGUAUAUCCCUGACCUGCGAUCCAAAUACCCUCACCUUGAGGAGCUUCCAAGCGUGUUUGUUGCUCUCAAGGCUGAUCUCGAUCGAACUACCCAACGGGCUGAGUAUCAACCACACGAAUAUACUGCAAUGUUAAAUAUGCCCAGCUCACCUCUCCAUGUCAGUGUGACUUGGAGCUCAAUGCAAGAGGUCUUUGUGCAUAUCGCUGAAGCAGCUAUGGAACCUAGCACGGCGUUUCCACGGAGCGAGGAAGACGUUGAGGGUAAAUGGAUGGCUUGGGGAAUUGCACUGGGCGCUGUUGUCUGUGCUGGAGCAGCCGCGGUAAUGAUUUGGCGACGGGUGAGUGGAAGUGGAACUUGAGGGUGAUGUCCUUGUCUUUAUGGUGCUGUAUGCAAGAUACCCAAGGCAUUCGUUUAAUCGGCGAUGAAUGAGCAGACAAUUGGCUUUUUUGUGUUCAGGAGAAAAAGUUGCACCUGUAAAUCGUCCGA